CCCCAAUAAAUAGGCAAUCGUAUAUUUGAAUCUGUACGCGCCCUGAGCAGUUUCCUGGUUUUUUUCAAGGUAGGGGAAAUAAUUAUAAAUAAAUGCCCAAUGGCGUUCGUUCCCCUUUGGACUUUCAUACACUUCCUCCGCUUGUCUAUCUAAAUAAAUACGCUAUCGAAGUUGUGAUUUGGCAUUAGUUAGUUAUUUAUUACGUUUCUUUUAUAUCAAACACCCAACGGCGAGCCAACGAUACUAGUAUUGAAGACGUUAAGGGAUCUCAAACGCGACGAGAGCGCCCUACUUCUAGCUUAACUAGUUAACUGUUUACUACGCCUUGACCUCUUAUUAAAAUUCUUUCCCAUCCCUCUAGUUAGUGCCACUAGACGCUGGGAAAGCGGUUCUUGCACAUAUGUAGCCUGCCCUGUCAGUACUGCCUAGUUACUUCUUCCUCACUACUACCAAUGGGUCCCUCCCGGCUUCUCUGGCAAGCUUUCUCCAACCCACCGCUCCCCACCGCUGAUUUCACUGGUAAAACGGUGAUCGUGACGGGUGCCAAUGUCGGUCUUGGAAAGGAGGCAGUUAAGCAUUUCGUUCGCCUAGGCGCUACAGUCAUUGGAACGGCGCGGACGAGUAUCAAAGCAGCAGCUGCCCUUGAAGAGAUCAAUGUAGAGACUGAAGGUCCCGGGCGUGCAUUGAUCUGGGAGCUGGAGUAUGGUAGCUACGCAUCUGUUCUAGGGUUCUAUGGACGGGUAUUGUCAGGGCUGGGGCGAUUGGAUGCUGUGGUGCUGAAUGCGGGGGUUUCAAACCGCAACUAUGAGCUCCUCGAGGGCGACGAGGCCUCGAUCACGAUAAACGUCAUCAGCACAUUGCUCCUUGCUAUAUCUUUACUCCCGAAACUCCGGCAGUCGGCCAAGUUAUACAAUGUCACCCCUUAUCUGACGGUGACAAGCUCCAAGAUUCAUUCCUGGGCAAAGUUCCCCGAGCGUGAUGCUUCGGAUAUAUUUGCAGCGCUCAAUGAUCCGCUUUCAACGACCAUGCAGGAACGCUAUCCUACGAGCAAACUACUCCAACUUCUCGCAAUACGGGAGCUUGCUGCCCGGACUGCUUCCAGUAUCCCUUCAGUUGUCAUCAACCUUGUUAGCCCCGGACUCAAUAGGACUUCCCUUACCCGCCAAACAACGGGCUUGGAAGCUGCUAUGCUGACGGCCAUCCACGCCAUGUUUGCCUGGGACCCAGAGGUAGGCUCCCGCAUAUUGGUGCAUGCUACGACGGCAGGAAAGGAAUCGCAUGGAGUGCUGCUGGAUAAAUCAAUAUUUUGGCGCCUUGGAUCGAAACUGACGAAGGUCAAAAAGUACAGAGCAAAGUUUGGUCUGAGCUGGAGAAGAAGCUAGAGGCAAUUCGGCCUGGUAUUCUUUCUGAGAUCUGAUCAGUUAACCAGGAGGGGACUUGGGUUGGGUUUGUAUUGUAUUAAAAGCCAAGACUUGUACUCCGCUUUUUAAAUUAGUAUUAUUUGCAUACUAUCCCAAGGUCAAUGUAAGAAUAGACGCCUAAAUUGGGUUUAUGUCAUAUUACAAUAUUAUUUUAGGUCAGAAACUCAAGAAAACCUCAAAUGAAAAUUUGUGGGACAAUAAGGUAUUAAAAUGCCAGAUACAUGUAGUAGGAAACAAGACAGCUUCUUUAUUCAAAUUCAAGGAGGGAGAGCCAUUGUCAAACUUGUUAAGCAAUCUUUAGAUUGGAUACUAGCGUGUCU